AUGAAUAUCAACAUUCAUAUAGGAGUUGAGUUCACAGAUGGCUCACAUUACAAAAAUCUGGGUUUGGUGCGAAUGGAUGGUUCAAUGCCAUCUGAGACGUGUAUCAGACUUUUGAAAGAAAAGCUUUCAGAAUUUGAGCUUUCUUUAGAUAGAGAUAUAGUCGCAAUAGUCACUGAUGGCGCCAGCGUCAUGUUAAAAGUUGGAAGAAACCUGCGCGCUUAUCAUCAAGUCUGCCUUGCACACGGUAUUCAGCUAGCUGUACUUGACGUAUUAUAUAAGCAAGGCGGUGCGGAAAAUGUGCGAUCCCCUGAUACUGCUGUUACUGCUGGUGGAAGUGAAAGUGACUCCGAAUUCGAGAACGACGCAGAUAGUGCUGAAGACGAAACCGGGGGAUUUGAAGUAAUACCGGUGGUGUCAAACUGA